UCACGGUCCCCACGGGCAUCUGACUCACCUAAUGAGGCUUCCGGGCCCUGCACUGACCCAACAAGGAAAGGGGGCAUGUGAGCCUUUUGUAGGGACAACAAAGGCCAGGGACCAGAUAUAAAAGCGCUGGAGACCUAGGACAAUUUACACACACUCAUAGGCACGCACAUACCCGUUCGGUCCUCCCAGCUCACCACCAGCCUCUGCCCCACCAUGGCCGCUUCCACCCUGUCCGUCUGCUCCAGCAACCGGAGCUAUGGCAGCCGGGCCUGCCUUCCCGGGUCCUAUGACUCUUGCACAGACUCCUCCUGGCAGGUGGACGACUGUCCAGAGAGCUGCUGUGAGCCUUCCUGCUGCGCCCCCACCUGCUGUUCCACUUGUUGCACCCCGACCACCUGCCUGACCCUUGUCUGUGCCCCAGUGAGCUGUGUGUCCAGCCCCUGCUGCCAGGUGACCUGUGGGUCCAGCCCCUGCCAGUCAACCUGCACCAGCUCCUGCACACCCUCGUGCUGCCAGCCCUCCUGCUGCACCUCCUCCCCCUGCCAGCAGGCCUGCUGUGUGCCCGCCUGCUGCACACCCGUCUGCUGCACACCCGUCUGCUGUAAGCCAGUCUGUUGUAGGCCUGUCUGUUGCAAACCUGUCUGCUGCACACCCGUCUGCUGCAAGCCCGUCUGUUCUGGGGCCACCCCCUGCCCAGCCCCUUCGAGCUGCUGCAGACCCUCCUCCUGCGUGUCCCUCAUCUGCCGCCCCGUGUGCAGGCCUGCCUGCUGCGUGCCCGCCUCCUCCUGCUGUGGCCCUGCCUCCUCCUGCCAGCCCAGUUGCUGCCGCCCAUCCUCCUGCAUGUCCCUGUUCUGCCGCCCCGUGUGCUCCCGCCCGGCCUGCUGUGUCCCCACCUCGGCCCAGACGUCCUGUUGCUGAGCAGGCAUGUCCCCCAGGACCAGCCGAACUCGGGUCUCAUCCCGUGACUGUGGUCCUCCCAGCCGCCCCUCAGUCUGGUCCUGAGCAGUGUCAGGUGGCUGCCCCCACUCAGGAUGGGGAACCUCAGUCUCCACUAACCUGACCUGACCUCUGCCCUCAGGACACCUGGACCUCACUGCUCCCUGGGCUUCUGCCUCCUACACGAUGCCUCCACCUGCCCAGGGCCACCUGUCCUU